AUGGCGAAUGAAAAAUACACUAACGCCUCCGGGGAACAGUUCUUUCCACCUUUUCCAUGUCGUCGACCUUAUCACUCACUGUCUCUCCCUCUCUCUCCUCUCAUCAUUUUUAGUUACUACCGAGCGCCAGAGAUCAUUCUCGGAAUGCCCUACUCGGAGAAUGUGGACAUUUGGUCACUGGGCUGUAUCUUCGGUGAAAUGUUUUUGGAGCGUAUCCUCUUUCCCGGCUACGAUUACAUUGACCAGUGGAGUAAAAUUACCAGUGAGCUGGGCAGUCCGAGUGAGGAAUUUGUCAACCGGCUGGAACCCCAGGUGCGUGAAUACGUCCUCUCGCAGCCGCACAUUCCCCAGCGCUCCUUCGUCGACCUCUUCCCCAAUGACGCAUUCCCCCAGAACAACCAGGUUCGUCUCACUCUUCUCCUCCACUUCUUAUACAUUCAGUUUUACUGGUAA